GGGUUUAAAGGGGUGUAGGGGAGUCACUGCCUCCGGCCAAGAAAUAGACUGGCGCAUAAACCCCCAAGAAACCACAAGAUGUAAUUUUUACACUUUCUGGAUUUUGUAAACAAACAAGAUGUGUGGUUUCAGUCUUUAUGCUAAGAUAAGCUAGCUGUCUCCUGGUUGUAGAUUCAUAUUUACUGUAUUGACAUGAAAGCGGUUUCAAUCUCCUCAUCUACCUCUCGCCAAGAAAAUGAAUAUGCACAUUCCCUAAAAUGUUUAACUAUUCCUUUAGUUGUGGACAUAUAAAACAGAACAUAUUUGGUCUAAUCUGUAUAUAAAUAUUGGAAAUCAGUCAGUCUAGAGAUCCAUUUUGUUUAUAGAUGUGUGCAGAUGUGUCUGACAGCUGCAGAAGUGUGUGAUGCAUCAAGCUGAGAAAUGGGUGCUGUCUUCUCACUGCAAUCUUCUGCAGUCUAGCAAGAUAAACCCCCUUGGGACAAACCUCAGCAGAGAAACAAAUGAGCUGACAGACUAUUUUCCAUUGUCUUGUUGCUGUGGUAACUUGCUGAGUUUCACUGGAAAAUGCACCCUUGCCCAGCAAGUUUAACCUCUUCUACUUAAUCACUUCCCAUGCUUGCUGCUCCAAUAUUGACUGGGCUGCUUCUCCUUCAGCCAAAACACUACACAAUUUAAAAAAAACUGGAGUAAACAACACUGUGAAGGCCAGAAACCUCUAUUAAAACAUGUGAAGACAUGUCCUUUAUCCACAGCUGCUCCAUCCACAGUGAAUGUGAGACUGACUUUGUGAGGCCAGUGGAUGAUUGUACAGUGAUUAUGUACCAAAAAUGUGAUUACCUACAUUUUCCAAUUUUCUUAAAGGACAUGUCUGAACAUGCCCGGGAAAUCAGGCCAUGGUGCUCAUACAGGCAGCUACGUUUCAGUUUGAUUUCUCUGGCUUCUAGCUUUUGGGAGGAGUUAUGUGUGUUCACAAAUAUCAGAUGUUAUUAAGGCUAGAUAACAUUCUUCAAGUACACUGAAUGUCAGACAGGAAGAAAGGAGUUACAGACAGAGUAACAACACUUGGGCAAAACAAUCUAAACUCAAAUACCACUUAGAGAAUAAUAGCUCUUCCCAGAGCUUUCACACAGUCCUCAUUCUGCGGACAGAGUUUUCUCAGUUGUCAUGGAAAUGGACCUGUUGUCAUGCAUGCUCAGUAGCUGUUAUGACUUCAUCACUAGUGCUUUUAUGACCCCUCAUCCCUUUGGCUUAAAUUUAAAGGACUAGUUUGACAUUUUGGGAAAUACUUUUCCGGUUUCUUUCAGCAAGUUUCUGCUGUGUUGUAAGAGGAGCAAGAGAGCAGGCCGCAGUCCAACGACACUGGAACAGAGCUAAUCAGUCUGAGCAACAUCAGCAAACAUGGCAAACCAACUACAACAGCUUAUAGCAGAGAAGAAGAAUAUGGUGGAGACCGUGAUGGAAGUGUUUGAACAGGGAGCUGAAGUGGUGGCCAGUAUCGCCGGUGACCUCUUCCCCGUUUUCUCUAUCGCUGCCCCCAUUGUUAAACUGGCUCUGGACAAUGUGGAGAGCAAAGAGGCCGCAUUCAUGAAGGAGCAAUUCCAGAAGGUCCGUGAGCGUCUGGAGGUGGUCUCAGAGGAGAUUCAGCGGAUCAACGAUGAGAUCAAGAAAAGCGGGGUGGAUGCUGCGUAUUUCUCAGUGGAGGAAAACAUCACAAAUCAGUUCAGGAAGUACAUGGACAUCCUCAACGCCAAACCUAAAUUCCGGGAUGUCAAGAAGAAGCUUUUCUUGGAACAUUUUGCCAAGACCGGUGGUGACAAAAACCUGAACACACUCUACAACGCUGUGACGGGAGAUAACUUCUCUGGGGAGUCUGUGCUCGAGAUCACCCUGAACUACGAGGAGAAAAGUCGCCGGGCGAUGGAGGACUUCUGCGCCAGGCUGAAGAAGCUGUUCUGCAUCGGGCUCAUCGCUCUGUUGGGCCACUCUGCUCUAAAGGAAUAUGAUGGGGAGGAGGAGGAACUCCUGAAAGACUGGGGUGAGAAGAUGAAGGCGGUCCAGGCUAAAAUGAACGCUGUGAUCGAAGACUGCAUCCUCAGCUUCCCCAAACAAGCUGAGCUGGAUUCCCGUCGACUGGUGAGAGACCAGUCGGAACUAAGCAACCAGCAGCUAGCUGAUGCUAUCAUAGAGAAUCUAAAGAAGAAGUAUGAUUGGGUGGGCUGGUCUGUGCGUAUUUACAGGAUCCCUUCAGGCCUGUUUGCCAACAAGAAGGAUUACCACUGCGCCACAGGGAAGAGUCGCUUCCAGGUCCCUUCAUCGGAUGAGAAACUUAACAUUGUGGUGUCCUACAGCUCCUCCCCUGAGCCUGUGGAUAAGAAUCACAUCCAGCAGCUGAUCCAGAGUCAGAAGAAAAUCACAGUGGUGGGUGUUGCAGAGCUUUUGUUUGAGAAGUUGCCUGGCUCCUGUGUGGUCCACACAGUCAAAACCAGCAAAGACCUAGCCUGCUCCUGGAGCUUCACCGAUGAGCUUCACUACUGGGAGGAGCACAAAAACUUCUACGUCUGCGUUCACUCUGCUUGAAGAGUCAGAUGCUCAAAAAGUCUAUAUGUAUAGGCAACUUCAUAUUUGCACAAAUAAUAUCACCACUGCUGCCUAUCUGCUUCCCUCAAGCAGUGAAAUAUUUCACAAUAUGUGCCUUAACUGAGUUGGCCUCUUUUUCUCAUGCUUGCUGCAGGUUUCCUGCAGACAUGAAGGGCAUCCACAAGAAACCAACACAAAUUAUAUUAUUUUACUAACAGUAAUGUCUUUUCUGAUCUCCUGCAGCUGUGAUUUCCUUAGUUCUCAGUACAGACAAAAGUGCUCACCUCUUGGUUUAGGCUGCAUUAUAUUCUCUUUUUGUUACGAAAUUGGUUGAUUUUGAAAUGUAAUGAUCUCCAAGCUGACUGUUAGCAAGAAAUUCUAGCAUAACAUCUUCAACUUUAUUUUCUUCUGACUUUAUAAAUUUCAGGAGGAAGCGGUUGAUUUGUUACAAGGUGGACGUGUCGGGAAAUUUGUUGAUUUAUAGAAUCCAGCUGUCUAGCAGAGAUUAUGCUUCUCUGGUAGUGAUAAGCAGUGACCUCACCCUGUUGAGGACGUGUACACCAAAGUCAUGACAGAAAAGGUCUCCAGACAUUUACAGAGACUGAAACAGAAGCUUUAAAGCCUUCAUUUUGACUUAUUUUCUUGUAUUCAUCUGAUACAAAAUAGUAAACCCUGUUACUGGCUGUUGUACAGUAUGAACAGCAUGUAGCUCAUACAUGGUGCAAGCUUCAGUGCAGCUCACAGGGCUGAAAGUGAAGAAUGGCACCGAUAAAACUUUAUACACACCCUGCCAUGAAUAUGCAGAGGUGUGGUGACGGCAACACUUUGUUUACAUACAGAUAGAUGCCUAGCAUAGCUGUUCUUGUGUCACAGCUGUGCCUGUGCUGUUGUGCAACACAAACUGGAAUCUUACAUCCACUCAAAACCCUGAACUUCAUUUAUUUUGUUUUUUUCAUGUAUUUGUAUGUAUUUUUGUUUUGUUUUGUUUUGGUCAUGUAUUUGGGAUCUUUUUACGAUGAGAUUUUGAUCAAAAUUUGCAUAAUCUGACCGUGACGUAGUACAAGGUGUUUGGAGGUAGAUUGACACUAUGUUGUGAGAACAAAAAUAUAUCAUGGAGGCACUGCAGAACAAUUCCUUACUCUUGUAUGUCACUGACAUGUUUUGAUGGGGUUUUUUUAAAAAUAUUUUGUGUGAUAUUGUAAAGCACUGUAGUCUGUAAUGUGUGUUUCUUCUUUGUGUCUUGUUUAUAUGUUAUUGCCUGGGUUUUGACUUACUAAUAAAAAAAAUUGAACAUUUUAUCAUAUGACCAAAGUAUUCCCCAUAUUUACUGUACAAUUAUUGAUGGAAAUGUUUAUGUUGCACAACUGUUAUAUGUUAUUUGCAUAUCCACACAACAUAUUUGAUGGGUUAUCGGUGUCUCUGAUUCAAAAUACUCUUGGUACACCAAAGAAAUGAAUGUAGAGAAACUUUUAAAUAAACUCAACCAUGUAUCAU